UAUAUAAAGCACAAGUCUGAAGUUCACUUACUGUCUCUUUCCUCUUUCUCACUAUUGUCUUCUCUCUUGUGGUGGUGACUCUUCGUCCCAAAGGAUUUCAUCAGUGUAGUUUCCUUCCUUACCAGUUUUAUGUCUCUCUCCUCUUAAACAUAUCUACACACAAAGCAUAUAACAGUUAUUUUUGAAGGUUGAAGGAAAUUAUAAAAGAAAAAAAGAGCAUUUCCUUUUGUGGCUUUUUUUGGUUUCCUCUCUCUCUCGGUCAUCUUCAAGAACAUGGGUUUGUCUCAGAACUGCGUGAUCAAUCUCUUCAUGAUGCUUUUGUUGCUCUCAGGCUUCACUCACCGAGGUUUCAUGGCUCAAGGACGAGCUGUUCCCAAGUUUCUUGAAGAUAAUGCCCAGGUGGAGGAGGAGAUAGGGUCGAUGCCACCGAAAUGCGAGAAGAGAUGCGAGACAUGCAGGGAGUGCGAGGCGGUGCAAGUGCCCGUCACCUUUCAGGAUGAUUUCUCCAACUACAAGCCCUUGAGCUGGAAAUGCAAGUGCGACAACUCUCUCUUCAAUCCUUGAGAGGCCUCACUCUCUCUCUCUCUCUCUCUCUCUCUCUCUCUCUAUACAUACAUACAUAUAUGUAUGUGUUGACUUGUAUUGGUUUGGUUAUAUUUCUUGUGAAUAGUGAAAAUUAGAUGCCUCGUU